AAAGCAAGACGCCAGAAGCCAAGUCAACCAAAUUUCAGCAGUGUCUCGAAAAAGGCGAUUUCUUUAAAGCAGGGCAUCUCAUCUCUCUGCAGAAACCAACAGCACCAGCUCCAAAUUCCCUUUUCUCUCUCAUCUGGUUUUCGAUUCUCUGCCAAAAAAAAAAAAAAAACCCAUUUCAAUCAGGUAAUUAUAGGAGGAGGAAGAAAAAGGAGGUUGGUGUUCAAGUUGGAAAGCUGAAACCUAUCGAUUUUUGAGUUUGAGAUCUGAAGAAAAGGGGAUUCGCGUCAGAUCCGAGGAUUAUUGUUGUUGUUGGCUGAACAACGCGGAUUUUGUUGAAGAUAUGUUUUUGUAGCUUUUUUACGUGAGAAAAAAGCUAAUAAGCUUCGUUCGUGAUCUGCACUAGGGUUUUGGGAUCUUUAGAUUUGUAAUGGGGAUUUGUUGGAGCAUUCGGAUUAAGGCCGAGAGCGCAUUUUCGACUGGUGAUGACUCUAAAAUUGGAGAAAAGAAUGGGAAUAGUAAUUCGAGUAGCAAGGUUUCCACUGGCUCUCAAUCGAAUACGCCUCGUAGUGAAGGUGAGAUUUUGCAAUCCUCCAACUUAAAGAGCUUCACCUUCAGUGAGCUUAAAAACGCAACAAGAAACUUCCGUCCAGACAGCGUAUUAGGGGAAGGUGGCUUCGGUUCUGUGUUCAAGGGGUGGGUUGACGAGCACUCGCUUGCAGCUUCAAAGCCAGGAACUGGCAUCGUGAUUGCUGUAAAGAGGCUGAACCAAGAAGGAUUCCAGGGACACAAGGAGUGGUUGGCAGAAAUCAACUAUCUUGGACAGUUACGCCAUCCUAAUCUUGUGAAAUUGAUUGGUUAUUGCUUAGAAGAUGAUCAUAGGCUUUUGGCAUAUGAGUUUAUGCCAAAGGGUAGCAUGGAGAACCAUUUAUUCAGGAGAGGUUCUUACUUCCAGCCACUUUCUUGGCGUCUACGGCUGAAAGUUGCUCUUGGUGCAGCAAGGGGUCUUGCGUUUCUUCAUAAUGCUGAAACCAUGGUUAUAUAUCGGGACUUCAAGACUUCAAAUAUUCUACUUGACUCGACCUUCAACGCAAAAUUAUCCGAUUUUGGAUUGGCAAGGGAUGGACCAACUGGUGAUAAAAGCCAUGUUUCUACCAGGGUUAUGGGAACCUAUGGAUAUGCUGCUCCUGAAUAUCUAUCCACAGGUCAUUUAACCGCAAAGAGCGAUGUAUACAGCUUCGGAGUGGUUCUCCUCGAAAUCUUAUCAGGUAAAAAAGCAAUAGACAAAAACCGCCCAACCGGAGAACACAACCUAGUGGAUUGGGCAAAACCUUGUCUUAGCAACAAACGGAGAAUCUUCCGCGUUCUCGAUCCACGUCUCGAGGGUCAAUAUUCACUCGGCCGAGCCCUCAAGUUAGCAAACCUGGCACUUCAAUGUCUGUGCAUGGAACCCAAGUUACGACCCAACAUGGACGAAGUGGUCACGAUCCUCGAAGAGCUUCAAGACAAUGAAAAACGGGACCGUAGGGAACCCCAAAUAAACCGUCAUGGUGUUUCAACGACUAAUAAAGCCCGAUCCUGCCGACAAGAAGUUGGCCCGGGGGUGGUUGCGUAUCCGAGACCUUCGGCUUCCCUUCGCGCUUAACGGGAUGGAUGAUGAUACUUUUUUGGGACCUGCAGGAUUCUCAAGUGCACCUGUAUGGUUCUGUUUGGUGUAUAGUUCUGUUUUUUUUUUCCAAGUGGGUCUGUGUUAUCAAGACGUUAUUUAGUUUUACUAGAAAGACUAAAUGAUUCUGGAUUUUUGGUGGAAUGAUAAAGAAAAUGUGCUUUAUUUAUCAUUAGAAGAGUAGUUUUGGGUCA